GUCCAUGGCAACACGUUCUUCGCUUUUCCUCCCCCGAAGAAUACGUUGAGAGUCGUAUAAGGCUCCUAGUUCGGCAAGUCCCAAGUUGUUUCAACGCUGACCUCUCUAUUGAUUGUAAGUUGCUAAGCAAGAAAUGAACUAUAUUGGGGAAGAAGCUUAACUUUUGCUGGCGCCAGAUGUUCUUCGGGGGACAUCUGAGAAGCACUGACAGCUAAGAGCCGAGUCACUUUGCAGUUCAUCUGAGUACAACGUUGUGAAUUCUUGAGCAUCGUGACAUGUUUCAGAAGCCGAUUGAAAUCAUGGAGAAGAGUCCUCAGUCCGUCUUAAAGCCUCAGCCCCCGAUCCGGCCUUACGUGUGUUCCACUGUAAAGGAUUUCCAAGAAGAAAGAGACUUUUUGGCCAGCACCAUCUUCCCCCAGCUUAACGAACUGUGCAAUUCCCGGGGAACCUAUUUCAAGGCGAUUGACCUGCGGUGGCCGGCCUCGGAGGCUCACGACCCUCUCUGCCCCAACUUCCGCAGGCAGUACUGCAGCCUGCAGUCCCAGCAGCUGAAACUUUGCCUCGACUACAUUAACAGCUCUUUCCCCUUCUUCCUUUGCAUGCUGGGCCAGACCUACGGCGAGUUCCUCCGUGAGGAUGCCAAUUUCCUGCCCACCGGGACCCCCGACCUGCCGGGGCUGUCCAAGGUCGAAAAGAACCUCUACGUGGCGGCGCACAACGGCUACCCCUGGGUCCUGGAGAAUUUCACCUGCAGCCUCACGGAGCUGGAAGUGAUCCAGGCAGCCUUCAUGAACGACUCCCAGUUCCAGUACUACUAUUUUCGCACUGGCGCCAUGCUGCUGAAGGCGUUAGAGCAGGAAAAGGGGAAGAUCAACUGCCCCCAGUCAAGGCAGAAGGAAUACGAGAAGCGAAGGAUUGGCGAGCUCAAAGCCAAGAUCAUCAGCAAAGGGCUGCCCGUCAGGUUUUACAGAGAUCUCCAGGAGCUGGGCGAAUUGGUGUUCAAAGACUGGUCAACUGUGAUAGAGAAGCUCUACCCUGCUGCUGCUGUGCCCGAAAAUGUAGACUACGAGCACAACUUUGAACGUUCUUAUCAUGAAGCUUUUACUGCAAAGUGUCGGAAGGUAUUUGUCUUGUCCAAGGAAUCGAAACAAGUCUUUGAUGCUUUGGAAAAAUUUGUGAUGAAGGAGCCUCAAAACGAGGCGGGCAAACAGGAAUCGGGCAGCUCUCUGGAAUCGAUCCUCAGAAUCAGGCCUAUUCUACCAACCAAGUCUAUUUUGCUUCUGUCUGGAGAACGUGGCUGUGGGAAGUCAACACUGAUUGCAAGUUGGGUGAAUUCUUUCAGAGAGAGGAAUCCCGACACAUUAGUGAUCCCAUAUUACGUAGGAAGCAGCUGUGACCAGAGCGACAUCAUGUCUGUGAUGCAUUACUUCAUCACUGAAUUACAGUACAAGCAAUUUGGUACUCAGAUUGAAACUGAUCUCAUUAAUGAAGACUCCAAAGUAUGGGUUUUUUCCCUUCUUGUAGAAAUAUUCUUAGCCUCCAUCAGUUUAAAGCCAUGUAUAUUAGUACUAGAUGGAAUUGAAGAAUUGAUCGGUGUUUAUGGAAUUUCAGGACAAAAGGCAAAAGACUUUUCCUGGCUGCCCCUCUCCAUUUCCCCUAAUUGUAAGUUGAUCAUGAGUACGGUAUCCGCCAGUCUCUCUUACAAAUCACUCUGUACCCGGUCAGAUGUGAAAACAGUGGAGCUCACCAUUGCCUCUGAUGAAAAUACAGUUAUCAAAAUUUUUGAACAGUAUCUCACAGUACCUCACAAAAACAUCUUUUCUUAUCGCGAGAAACAUAACUCGAGAAAAAGGCCAUGCCUGAGUCCUUUGAAAGUGGCAAUCUUGGCCAAUGAGUUUCAAGAAUGUCGACUCUACCGAAACGAGUCAGAAUGUAUUCAGGAAUACCUGGAAGUGCUUUCCAUUCAGGAGCUGUGGGAAUUAAUUCUCAAGAGAUGGGUUGAGGACUACAGUUGGAUUAUCAAACCUAAAAAGGUAGUAUCAACUCUACCAGAUACUAAAAGCCGACUGAACGGCUGGGUGGUGGACACGCUGUGUUUAUUAAGUGUCGCUCAUUGCGGAUUGACUGAUAUUGAGCUCCUCCAGCUUUUGGACAUUCUGGGCUAUAAGAAUCAUUACAAAGUCACCACCUCCCAUUGGGCGGCCUUUCGCUUAGCUACAAAGCAGUGGAUCCAAGAGAAGCCGAACGGCCGAUUACACUUCUGCCACCAGUCUCUGCGGCAAGCAGUGGAACACAAGCUGCUGGGUGUAAUCACGCCUGUCAGAGAAAGCAGUCCAUAUUCCUUUCAGAACCCCAUGAACUGUAAGAAAACAAAUUUACAUCGGAUCCUGACUCAGUUCUUCCAGAGACAAAGCAGCUUUUGGAGAGCGUAUGCAGAGUUACCUUGGCAUCUGAAAAUGAGCGGCAACUGGGAGGAACUGUGUAAUUUCCUCACAAAUCCCAAAACCCUGGCCAUAAUAUCCCAAGCCACGAGGCCAACCUUUUGGCUAAAGCUCCAUCUUAUCCACUAUUGGAAUGUGUUAGCAGAAGCUGGAUGCGACACAACAGGGGCCUACCUAAGUAUGGUGAAAAAGACAAUAACUUACAAGACGUACAAAAUAAAAGAAAGGCACACAUGGACAGAACUGAAUUGCAAAAUUUCUGACUUCUCAACCAAUGAGAAAUGCCAGCUAAUCUGCUUUGUUGCAAGAUUUCUGAAUUAUUUAGGCAGGACCAAUGAUGCUGAAGAACUAUUCAUAACUGCUGAGGACUUGUUGAUAAAGCAUGACUUGGAAUCGGAAGCACUCUUCAAAGUACAGCUCAGUUUGGGAGAGCUCUAUUUGGAAAUAGGAUCCUUGCAGAAGGCCUUUUUCUUUUUCCAAAGGGCAUGGGUCACGUGGAGGCAGUUGGCACCGAGUGGCUUACACAAUCUGGAAAGACUGAAGCAGAAAGGCAGGGUGUUACAUAACCUGGCAAAGACAAUGAGCCAAGGAUCUGUAAAGGAAAAUCACUUGCUAGAAAAUACUGCUGACCUCUCGAAACAACUUGCAGGUAGCCCGUAUGACUUUGCUAUGCUGAGAUGCACAGAAGGCAUUCUGAAAUCUCUUGUUGGGAACUUUUCUAUCGCAAAAUUGAAAUUUCAAGAAUGCUUAAGUAUCCGAAAAAGUUUGUUUGGAGAGAAUCAUUUCUUAGUUGGAGAAAUCAAGGAAUAUUUGGCAGAUUUAAUAAGUGGCCAUAAAAAGACUGAAAAAUUACAAAGGAAACAUUCAGUUGACCUUUACAGAGGAGUGAUAAGCAUAAAAGAAAACAUGGAACUCUUGACUAACUCCUUCCAAGUGAAAAAGCAGCUCAAUAUCAGCCUCAGCAAUGUCAUGUGUAAAUUAGCUGGUCAAUUGAUUAAAAUUGAUGUUUCCGGUCAGUCUGAGCAAGAGGCAACGGGAUUUCUGCACAGGGCACUUGAUUUAAGAGUGACCUACCUGGGGCCUUCUCACUCGUCCACAUCUGAGCUGUUGCGCCUCCUGAGGGAGCUGGAGAGAAAAGGCCAGAACAAGGGGACUGUCCAAGGCCGGAGCGCCAGCCACGAAAGCUUCAAGGGCAUCUUGGUGCAGGAGAAGAUCUCCAAGCGGAGGCUGGAGUACCACCGGCCGCAGAACGUCAGCACGCUCAAGUCUCCGCUCAGCAGCUCGGCCGCCAAGCUGCAGCGGGCCAUGAGCCUGGACUCGUACCGAGUCUCCGAGGACGGCAGCACCAAGGGUGGCGGCGGCGGCGGCGGCGUGGUAGGGAAAGCGCAGAGGAGCGCCAGGUUCAUCACCUGCAGCCCGACCAAGGAGAUCGUCAAGCAGCAGGUGCAGAACAACGUGGAGAUCUGGAGCUGUCGAGAGGACGGCGCCUCGGCCAAGAAGGAGAAGGAGGCCGCGGGGAAGAGCGCGGCUUUCAGCGGACCCGAUAACGGGCUGAAGGCCCCGAGAGAGAGGGCCUCUUCGGCCAGCUCCUACAGCUGGUGCCCGCAGACCCCCGGGGCGGGGGCCUUGAAUGCCGCGACUUCCUUGGAAACCCCCGGCAGGCCGCACACUUCACCCGAGAAUCAGCUCUUUCAGAAAUCGGGAAGACACACGGCUUUUCAUAAACCCUUUCCACCCAAAAGGCAGCAAGCGGAGAUGAAAAUGUUGAAAAAACUGAGUGAAAAUAAGCAAUAAAGACUG